AUGGUGUCCCGUAAGCAACCUGACUUUGUAUUUCUGAUGGAGACUAAGGUAGGACGCGAUCACGCAGAGCGGAUUCGUGUCAAAAUCGGUUAUGAGGGGCUAUUUUAUGUUGAUAGCGAUGGAUUAAGUGGUGGUUUAGCACUAUUGUGGAAAAAGAAUAGUACGGCGCGGCUGCUAAGUUACUCAACGAACUAUGUUGAUGUUGAGGUAACUAUUACUGGCUUUCCAGGGUGGCGAAUGACGGAGAGGGGGAAUUUGCAUCCGAAUAGCCUCCUACGCGGUUUUGGGGAAGCUAUUGAGGACUGUGGGCUUGCUCAGAUGCCUAUGAAUGGAUAUCCGUACACUUGGGAGAAAGGGAAGGGGACAGUAAACUGGAUGGAGGAGAGGCUUGAUAAGGUUCUGGUAAAAAAUGAGCGGCGGAGCAUGGUAACAGGGGCCACGGUUAUGAAUCUGAGGACCCGAAAAUCUGAUCAUUCGGCUCUCUUUCUGGGAAUCCAUGAGUCCUUUGGGAGGAGUGGGCCUGUCCUGGCAGGAGGAAGGGGGCAGGGUUUACAGAACUGUAUUCAGUACUGCGGGAACCGGUUAACACGAUGGGGUGGAGACAGGUAUCACAGGUACGGAAAACAGAUUAAUGAAUUGACAAGAGAACAACAGCGACUGAGGGGGCGUACCGACCCGGCCUCGCUUGCAGAGUUCCAGCGCUUAGAACAGCUGCUAAGCUGCACCGAAGCUCAGGAGGAUGCCUACUGGAGGCAGAGAGCCAAGCAACACUGGCUUAAGGAGGCUGAUGCGACAAAGUUUUUUCACAGGUAUGCCUCUCACCGAAAAAAGAAGAAUACUAUUUCUAGAUUAAUGAAUGAUAAUGAGGAUUGGGUGGAGGGGGAGCCUAUGAAAAAUUUUAUUUUGCAAUAUUACAAUCGUAUUUUCUGUUCUGGAACUCCGGGAACUGGGGAGGGGUUUUUUGAGGGGAUUAUUCUGCGAGUCACUCAGGCACAGAAUGAGUCAUUGCUGCGACCCUUUGAUUUGGAGGAGGGGGAUGUGGCGAGCUUCAUAAUAAAUUGUAUUGAAUCCUGUGAUUUCCCGCCUGGUUUGACUGAUACUGGUGUUGUUUUGAUCCCUAAGAAAAACACCCCUGAAUUUGUGACUGACUUGCGCCCUAUAGCUCUUAGUAAUGUGGUUUAUAGAAUUAUGGCAAAAAUGUUAUCUAACAGAAUGAAGCCAUUAAUGGAGGAAAUAAUAUCGGAGUCACAAAGUGCUUUUAUCCCGGAUAGACUGAUAAUGGAUAAUAUCUUAUUAGCCGCGGAAGUGGGACAUUUUUUGAACAGGAAACAGUGUAGAAUGGGGGGAUGGAGUGCUCUCAAACUGGACAUGGCGAAUGCAUAUGAUCGUACGGAAUGGUCUUUCCUUCGUAAAAUGAUGCUGGCUUUGGGGUUUCAUGGUGGAUGGGUGGAAUUGAUUAUGAAGUGUGUAACCUCAGUUUCCUACAAUGUUCUGGAAGCAAAUGAAAUUAAAAGGUGCCUAUCAGUGUAUGAGGAUCUGUCUGGGCAGGCAGUUAACUAUCACAAGUCAAGCAUAUGCUAUAGUAGAAAUACAAGUAAUGUUGAUAGGGAAAAUGUGGCUCAGGUUUUGGGAGUGACGCAGGCCCCGAAUUUUGGCAAGUAUUUGGGACUCCCCUCUUUUGUUGGAAGACACAAGAAAGCAGCUUUUGCAUAUAUCGAGGAUAAAAUCCGCCAAAGGAUUGGAUCAUGGAAUAAAAGACUGCUGUCGCAGGCGGGUAAGGAGAUUCUGUUGAAAACUGUAGCACAAUCUAUGCCUACGUUUUCAAUGAGUGUUUUUUUGCUACCUAUAUCAGUGUGUACGGCAAUAGAGAGAACUAUGAAUCGAUAUUGGUGGGACUCUGGGACUGACAGGCGAAUACAUUGGAAGGCAUGUGAUAAAUUGUGUAUCCCCAAGAAGUAUGGAGGGUUGGGUUUUAAAGAUUUGCGUGCUUUUAAUCUAGCAAUGCUGGGGAAACAGGCAUGGCGGAGGCUGACUAAACCCGAAUCCCUAGUGACUCGUGUGUAUAAGGCCCGUUAUUUUCCCAAAGGAUCUUUUUUUGAUGCACAGGUAGGAAACAAUCCCAGUUUCUACUGGCGAAGUAUUAUGGCAGCAAAGAGUAUAGUUUGUAGUGGGGUAAGGCGCAGAAUUGGUAACGGGGAGUCUACACUCAUAUGGACUCACCCCUGGUUACAGGAUGAUCAAGACCCUAUGAUACAAACAGAAAUGCCAACACAGCUGCAGGAAGCCAGAGUGGCAGGAUUGAUUGAUCAACAAACUGGUACAUGGGAUCCUUCAAUCCUAACAGAUUUAUUUCAACCUACUGAUGUGGUGAAUAUUAUGAGAAUACCUGUUUCCCCGGAUUACGAUGAUACCUGGUAUUGGCAUGGAGACCCAAGAGGUGUGUAUUCUGUUAAAAGUGGAUACAGGCUAAUAGUUGGGAAUUAUCAGGGGGAUAAUGGGACAUUUGCAAAAUGGUUAGCCCUAUGGAAGCUCAAGAUCCCCCAGAAUGGAGAAUACUCUGAUGGGAUGUUAUAUGCAACAUCGAUUCUAUACAAUAUUUGGAGAGCAAGGAAUGGGGCGGUUUGGGAAGCAACACUGCCACGCCCGGUGACCGUGCUCAACACCGCCGCCGCUGCCAAGCUUGCGUGGACACGGGCGCAUCCUGCACCUGCUGCCCGAGCCACUCCGCUGCCAACCGAAUCACCUUUAAUACCAAGAGGAGGCCGAGCUGCACGGUACCGAACUGCACACUGUCGAACCAUCACAUGGGCCGCCAAGGAGGAUCUGUCGAGUCGAUGCGGGUUUUAUGCAAGAAACAGGCCAAGCCGCGGUUGGGGCAGUUUUACUCGACACGAAUGGGGGAUACGUUUCGGCUUAUGGCGGACCACUCCUGAAUUGCUCCUCGCCACUUAUGGCUGA